AAAAAUUGACAAGGAAACAGUAUACACGGAUAGUGAGUAUGUUUUCGGGAAAUCCUGAAUUAACAUUACGUCAAGGACUAGCACGAUUAAAAGAGGAAGGUUUCAAUGGAAAUAUUUCUUGUAAAACUGUAAAACACUGUCUAUGUGCUCAUAAUAUAAAAUGGCAGAAUCGUCGAAAAACAAAGAAAUCUCCCGGCAUUGGACAACCCAAUGUGAUAAGUGAGGAAAACAGAUUAACAAAUCCACAGUCAAGUCUGCAGCCUUUAGAUGGUUUUAAAUCUGGACUAGUCACUGCGACGUCAGCCAGUUCCUUUGCAAGGAACAAAGGAAUGGCAUUUGUCCUUCAGUCCUGAUACUAGGGACUCUGUCGUUCAUAGAGUCGUGUGGGUCUACUUUUCUUAGGGUUCAAGCAAUAUUCCCGACUCUUGAUCCAAAAGCCACACUCGAUAAAAAAAUGCACAAUUUGGUUGCGUAUACGAGGAAGGUGGAAGUUGAAGUAUAUGAAGUGGCUAAUUCCCAGUUGGAAUACUACCAGCUGCUGGCCGAGAAAGUUCACAAAUGUCAAAAGAAAAUUGAUGGCUUAAGUCUCUUUCGCAAUCAGACGCCGUUCCAUUCCGGCCCAGCACUGUUCCCAAUUGGCCUUAUGAGUCUUGGCAAGGACAUGACUUCGCUGAAACAAGCAGCACUGAACACUUCAUGCAGCAUAUCCAUGAAUAGCUGUUGCAGAUAACUGCCAUCAUAAUGCCAGUGUUAGAUCGUGACAAUUCACCUAGCCCGCUGAUAAAUAGUAACGAAGAUAAGCUGGAUCCCAUCAAAGAGGAGAUAAAGAUGGAGAUCAAACAAGAACCACUGGACGAGCCGCAGAAUCACAGAAUGGAUGGUAAAAAUGUGAACACCGAGAUUAUUAUUAAGACUGAGCCGAAGACUGAACCAAUGGAAGAAAGGGUCACCUUGAAUAAGGCAAUCGUGAAGGAAGAACCUAGCAUUAAAGAAGAGAGCAUGACUCAGGUCACCUUGAAUGAGCCAAUCGUGAAGAAAGAGCCUAGUAUUAAAGAAGAGAGCAUGACUCGGGUCACCUUGAAUGAAGCAAUUGUGAAGGAAGAGCCUAGCAUUAAAGAAGAGAACAUGACUCCAUUGUCCAGUUCAAUUCAGUCAGGACAUGACCAUCUCCGACAUAAAACCUUUGAUGUCAUAAUCGAUUCAACUGAGUAGCACGUCUUCUGACAAGAAGAAGUGCUUCUUCAAGCUUGAUGAAUUGCGCUAGGCAUUGAGGGAAUCCUCAAGUCGUCCGUAUUAUCGACUAACGCAAUAAUUUUUGUACAACAAUUACUUUUUCCUUUUUUAUAGAUUUGAAAAUUCUUUCCCAGGAAAAUAUACGCAUUUAUAUGUGUCUGCGAGGUAGAGAUUAUGUUGAGAACGAAAAAAAUGAUUUAAAUUGAGAGAGAGAGAUCUUCUUUACCAUUUCUUACUCCAAUAUUUUAGAGUUG